AAUCAGUGUAUUCUCUCGCACAUUGGCUGCAUCCUUGCCGAGUACUCUCCUCUGUUCUGCGUUCCGGCGUUUCAAGUUUUCCGGCUUUCUUCCACAAAAUGGGUCUCUCAAACGAUCUCGAUCUGCUGAACCUUUCUUUUGAAGAUCAGAAAAGAAAGCACAAGCUCAAGCGUCUCGUACCAUCCCCAAACUCUUUCUUUAUGGAUGUGAAGUGUCAAGGUUGCUUUAACAUAACAACUGUGUUCAGCCAUUCUCAGACAGUUGUUAUGUGUGGGAACUGCCAGACAGUCCUAUGCCAGCCAACGGGUGGACGUGCCAGACUCACUGAGGGCUGCUCUUUUAGGAGAAAGGGCGACUAGUAACCAUGUCCAUGAUCAGAUCUUGCUACUUUCUUUUGCAAGGUUACUAGUGACCAUACUAUAUCAUUUUUGUUUGACUUUUGUUUUAAAAUGUUAUGUUAGGAUUUUGAUCUCGGAUAUUUAGUUUGCGGUUUCAUUCCCAACUCUCGGGUUCAUAUUGUUUGGUAAUUAUGUUAUGUGUU